UACAGCGGAUAAGUGGAGUUCUUUUUUGGGGUUAGUUUUCUCUUUCUUCAUUUUUCCUUUUCUCUCUUCCUUUUUUUUCAUUAUUAUUGUUUGAUUAUUAUUAAUAAGUGAAUUAAGAUAUAAAUUUUACUCUCUUAAUCUGUUAACAGUGCGUUAUAUAUCCAAUCUCAGUCAAAAAAAUCUAAAAAAUAGUCCAAGAAACAUAGCAAAAAACCUCUCUUUCCUUCCUUCGUUUAUGCUUCCAUUUCUUAAUAAAAUUCAACAUUCUUCAAAUUUGAUCAUCAUUCAUCUGGGUAGUAUUGAUUUCUUCAAUAUUUUAAUGGGUAUUGUUCAAAUUAAUCUCUGCAAUUCUUGAUUUUCUCCGGGUAGUUUCUUAUUUUGAAUGGUUCAAUCUUUUUAGCGAAAAAAUGGAGGAUGAAGAAAACAAUAGUAGCAGUAACAAUAGUAAAAAUUCUGGGGAUUUUUCGGUGGACCCAUUAGUGCCGGUGGACCCUACAACGGCAACAUCAACAUCAACGGCAAUGGUGCUUGCGCCGUUAAAAGUGGAGCCUACAGAAACAGUAACCCUCGCUUCACCUCCUCUUCCAUUAGUUCGUAAACGUCCGUCAAAAGACCGUCACACGAAAGUCGAAGGUAGAGGUCGUAGGAUCCGAAUGCCCGCUGCCUGCGCUGCUCGGAUCUUUCAAUUGACCCGAGAACUUGGUCAUAAAUCUGAUGGGGAAACCAUAAAAUGGCUUCUUGAACGGGCUGAACCCGCAAUUAUUGAAGCAACGGGUACGGGUACGAUUCCGGCGAUUGCAGUUUCCGUUAAUGGGACGUAUAAGAUUCCAACGACGUCGUCUAGUAAAGAGGAUGAAUUUGUUGGAAGUGGUAAAAAAAGGAGAAGAACUAAUAACAGUGAUUUUGUAGAUGUUGCUGAUGUUGUUGGUGGUGGUAGUCGUGUUAGUUUGUCAAGUGGGUUGGCUCCGAUUAUGCCAACCGGGUCAAAUACUGCUACAUUGGGCUCAGUUAUUACACAAAGCCCAAGUGGGGCCCAAGGACUUGUACCAAUUUGGCCUGCUAAUAUCUUAUUGUUACCCAAUGCUGGUGGUGGGGCCCAACAGACUCAGUUUUGGGCCACCCCUCUUUUUGGGUUGGCUGCUAGGCCCAUAUCUAGCUUUGUGUCCGAAGUGGUUAGUGGUGGUAGUAGUGGUGUUGGUGGGGUCAGUGUGGGCCCUUGUUCAUCACAUUCCGGGACUAGCAAUGGAAAUGCUAAUACUACAACAAAUACACAAUUACUAAGGAAUUUUUCAAUGGAAGUAAAUGAUAAAAGGGAAUUACAAUUGAUGAGUGGUAGUAGUAGACAAAUUAAUAAUGAAAGUAAUCAUAAUCAACAAGGAAUGUCUAAAGAACAAGUACAAGCAAGAGGGAGUAGUACAACAAAAACAAAAUCUUCACUUUCUUGAUCAUAAUGGAUGGAUGGAUGGAUGAUAGAUGAUGGAUGAUGGAUGAUGAAUGAUGAUCAUGUUAUGUUAUGUCAUGUCAUGGCAUAUAAGAUGUAAGUAUUGGUGGGAUUUUUUGGGUUAUUUUAGAGGAGUCAAUUUCAUAAAAUUAAGUGUUUGAUAUUGUUAACUCCAUUACAUUAUGUUGGAUGAUUCUAUUGGUGGUGGGUUUGUUUAGCCACUUUAGGCUUUUAAUUAGUCAUUAGUAGCUAAUAUGAUGCUUAGUAAUUUGCUUUUUGCUUUCUAAUGGUCUUUCUAAUGUGAUUAUGCUAAACUUUUAGCUAGGUUUUAGCCGUAUAAACAAUCUAAGUUCAGAGGAUUGUUCUACCUUAUUUAUUUCAUAGAAAUUACUAUAUCAAAGUUUAAAGCUCUUGUUUCAAUUGCAGAACGCUAGGAUCUUAAUGAAAUGGAAUUAAAGUUUCUGUAAAUUUAACAUGCUUUCGUACUAUCUAGUUACCGUCAUGUUACCAUUUAGUGUUUGCAAAUCGAAAUUGUUUCUCAUGCCAAUAGUACGUCAAAGUGAAAUCAAAAUCAAAGUCUAUCUAAAUUAUGACCCGGAUCAUUUAAUCAAAAAUCUAUUUAUAUGAAAUUGUAGAACUUAUUAGAUAUAACAUAAAAGAUCGAUAGUUUAAUUUGUUUUAUAGAAAUGUGAGUAGACUCAUUCACUCAUCUUGUAAUCACAUCCAUGAUCCCUAAUGCUAAUGGUAUUUGGAAGUUGUGAUUGUAAAGACUUAUUCAUCCUCCUCCAUCACUUGAAUUGAGCUCCUUUUGCGUAAGUUGAGAUCAUACUUCUUUGACUACUUUUGUCUUGCAUACAUUACAUCAUCACGCAACUUCUUGAAUCUCUAUUUUUCAAAAUAAUAUUUUAUUUCAAGGUCAAAUUAUUCCAAUUUUAACAAUACAUAGUAAUUUUAAUCCUAAGAGUACCUUAAUGGUUUAUUUAGCAUCAUACAAACUAGUGCACAUGUGCAAUCGGUAAUUGGUUAAUGUUAUUGUAUUAUAUAUAUUCUAUAUAUAUCCUUUAAAAUUUGUUAGUACAUCACAAAUAUAGAUUAUAUAUGCCUAAAUGAUUUACUAUUACAUAAACGCUAACAAAAAUGUAAAAUCAAAAAAGAUUUUCAAGAUAUUUACUUACUCUUAGAGCUAAAAUUAAUCUAAAUUGUAACAUUAUAUCUGAAAUCUACUAAAUAAUUGAAUGUACACCUCUAUACGACCUCUUUGAACACCUCUUGGUGUGCACAAAUGGUAGGAUCAAACCCACCAAUAAGAACGAAGAGCUUAUAAUCAUCGCAAACAUUCUUUAAAUUUGUAUAAUAUCAUAAUUACUUUUCUACCCUUAUGCAAAGAAGAAAGUUAACACACAAAUAUGAUGAAAAUGAGUGAUUUUGGUGGGAUCCAUCACUAAGUGUGUGGUCCUUUUGGGGAAAGCAAAAAGUUCGCACGUGAGCCCUGAGUAUUGCACGUGUAAGGUGCUCUCUUCUUUGGAGAUUGUGCUUGGUAAAAUUAUGGGUCCUACUUUAUGGUGGGUCAACAAAUUAAGGUGGUGGCCCGUGGACCAAAAGCAGAGUGGUUUUAAUUGUGGGGUCCAUCCUAUUUGUGGGGGACGCCUUGCAAUUUGUGGUUCUUAUUUUUUUUUUCUUGGAGUGUGGGGCCUCAUUUCUUUCUUCUAGGCGGGUCCAGUGGUGGUCCCUACAUCUCCCUUUAUGUGGUGAGGGUCU